AUUGCAAAGAUGGCAAAGUUCCAAUCCCCGUCACCCAUAGCGAGUGGCUCUGUAGUUCAUUGUCAAAGUUUGUUGCGAUUUUGCUGGUCAUCAAGAAAAAUAAUUUAAAUCAUGGAGCCAUCAGUGAAAGUGAUGCCGGGUAUGUCUGAGGCCUUCGACGUGACGAAGGGCCAUUUGGCGCCGCUGGACAAGACUUGUUCCGGGCAGAUCAGUUUUGUGCAUCCACUGAAACUCUCCGAAGAGAACUUCGAGGCCCAUCGCAACACGCUGAAUAUGAACAUGCUGAGGAAUCGCGAGGGACUCCAUGCGCCCCUGAAGAUGACUAUGGAAGUGCAGGCGGUGAAGAAAACAGGACGACUGCCUUUCUUGCAGUCUAGCAACGCCUCUCUGGAUUCCCUAACCGGGCGAGAUCUGAACAUCGACUUCUCUGACUUCCUCAGUGCACCAGAGUUCUGUGAACACAUCCGUCAGCCUCACGCGGUCACCGAGAAAUCUCUGGGUAUUUUGUAA